AUGUCUGCUGCAGUGACAACACAUGCAGCCGAAUCGGCCACCGGACAUGCGCACACAGUGUCCCUUGCCAACAUUGGUGGCGCCGCAGCCUCGACAAACGCCCUCGGCAUUCAGUCGUUCUACCAAUCCAAGAUUCGUUCCUACGAAAUCCUCAUCAACCAAAAGACACAGAACCUCCGUCGUCUCGAAGCACAACGAAAUGCGCUCAAUGCUCGUGUACGUCUCCUCCGCGAGGAGCUCCAGCUUCUCCAAGAGCCAGGUUCCUAUGUCGGCGAGGUGGUCAAAGUGAUGGGCAAGAAGAAGGUGCUUGUUAAGGUGCAGCCCGAGGGUAAGUACGUUGUUGAUAUUGCCUCGGACAUCGACAUCUCCGCUCUCACACCCACACUACGUGUGGCCCUCCGUUCCGACUCAUACACACUCCAUAAAGUCCUUCCCAACAAGAUUGACCCUCUCGUCUCACUCAUGAUGGUCGAAAAGGUGCCGGACUCGACGUAUGAGAUGGUUGGUGGUCUCGACCGCCAGAUCAAGGAGAUCAAGGAAGUCAUCGAGCUGCCUGUCAAGCAUCCUGAGCUUUUCGAAUCGCUCGGUAUCGCUCAGCCCAAGGGUGUGCUUCUAUACGGUCCUCCCGGAACCGGAAAGACGCUGCUCGCACGAGCUGUCGCGCACCACACCGACUGUCGCUUUAUCCGUGUUUCUGGUUCAGAGCUGGUACAAAAGUACAUCGGCGAAGGUUCGCGCAUGGUUCGAGAGCUCUUCGUCAUGGCUCGAGAGCACGCGCCAUCCAUCAUCUUCAUGGAUGAAAUCGACAGUAUCGGAUCGUCACGAGGAGAGAGCGGCUCGGGCGGUGGAGACUCUGAGGUACAGCGAACCAUGCUUGAGCUCCUCAACCAGCUUGAUGGUUUCGAAGGCACCAAGAACAUCAAGGUCAUUAUGGCCACCAAUCGAAUCGAUAUUCUCGACUCGGCCCUCCUGCGUCCUGGCCGCAUUGACCGCAAGAUCGAGUUCCCACCCCCGGGUCCUGAAGCCCGCGUUUCGAUCUUGCGCAUCCACAGCCGCAAAAUGUCGUUACAACGAGGCAUCAAUCUGCGCGCGCUUGCCGAAAAGAUGGGUCAAUGCUCUGGUGCCGAAGUUCGAGGUAUCUGCACCGAAGCUGGCAUGUACGCGUUGCGCGAGCGUCGACAACACGUCUCGCACGAAGACUUUGAGCUUGCUAUUGCCAAGGUUCUCCGCGCACAGGCCUCAUCUGAGACUUCGGUUAACAAACUCUUCACUUGA